GGAGGAGGACAGCGUGAGGAAGGGUUGGACCUGCCUUUCAUGCUGAACUUUAAAUACCUUUGCACAGCACAGAUCUGUCAAACCUACUAAGGUCAGAAGGCUUUCUCUACAGAGAGAAGAGUGCAUUGCAGCCUGAGUAUUACUAGCUUUAAAGCCUGGACACAGAGGUUUGCAAAAUGAAUGUAGACCCUUUUCAGGAGACUAUGUACAUUGAAGAAAACACCUAUAAGAAUGAUAUGAUCUCUUUGAUUGUCUCUCUGAAAGAAAAGGUUGGGGCUUUGGCUAAAGCUCUGCGCAUAUUUGAGGAAAAAAGUAUAAACCUGAUCCACAUUGAGUCCAGACCUUCCCGAGUCAACAAAGAUGAAUAUGAAUUCUUCAUAAACCUGGACAGCAGGAAUAUUCCUCUUCUCACGGAUAUCAUCGCAACUUUGAGAAAUGAAAUGGGAGCGACGGUUCAUGAGCUUUCACGUAAAAAGAAGAAAGAUGCUGUGCCGUGGUUCCCGAGAACUAUCCAGGAGCUUGACAGAUUUGCCAAUCAGAUCCUAAGUUAUGGAGCUGAACUGGAUGCAGACCACCCUGGUUUCAAAGAUCCUGUGUACCGGGCCCGGAGAAAGGAGUUUGCUGACAUCGCCUACAACUACAGACAUGGGCAGCCUAUUCCUAAAGUGACUUACACAGAGGAAGAAAAGAAAACGUGGGGCAUAGUCUUCAGGGAGCUGAAGACUCUCUAUCCAACUCACGCUUGCUAUGAACACAACCACGUGUUUCCGCUACUGGAAAAAUACUGUGGCUACCAGGAGGAUAAUAUUCCACAACUUGAAGAUGUUUCAAGAUUCUUGCAAACCUGCACUGGAUUCCGCUUACGCCCUGUGGCUGGCCUGCUGUCUUCUCGGGAUUUCCUGGCUGGUUUGGCAUUUAGAGUGUUUCACUCUACACAGUACAUCCGCCAUGGAUCUAAACCAAUGUACACACCAGAACCUGAUGUUUGCCAUGAGCUCCUAGGACAUGUACCUCUGUUUGCUGACAUUAGCUUUGCUCAAUUUUCCCAGGAAAUUGGACUUGCAUCCUUGGGAGCGCCGGAUGAAUACAUUGAGAAACUUGCUACGGUCUAUUGGUUUACGGUGGAAUUUGGACUCUGUAAAGAAGGUGAUGCAAUAAAGGCCUAUGGUGCUGGGCUGCUGUCUUCAUUUGGCGAGUUGCAGUACUGUUUAUCAGAUAAACCUGAAAUUCAAUCCCUUAACCUGGAGAAGACUGCAGUCCAGAAAUACCCAGUCACUGAGUUCCAGCCUGUUUACUAUGUUGCUGAAAGUUUUAAAAAUGCCAAGGAAAAAGUAAGGAGAUUUGCUUCAACAAUCCCUCGACCUUUCUCGGUUCGCUACAAUCCAUACACCCAGAGAAUUGAAGUCUUGGACAAUGCAAAGCAGUUGAAGAAUUUAGCUGAGUCCAUCAGCAGUGAGAUGGGAACUCUUUGCAGUGCCCUCAAGAAGAUACAAUGAAGGUUUUCUCAGAGUCCUCUCUUCCAAGAGCAACUUGCUGAAGUGACUAUAUGCAAAUGCCAAUAAUAUUCUAGCUAUUUCACAUUAUCACUCUAUUGAAUGUGUGAAUGUUUAUGAUAUAUAUAUAUAUACACACACACACACACACAUACACAUAUAUAUUACUUAAUAUAGCUUAGCAAGAAAAGGGGCUUCUGUGGGUGACUCUGUGCUCUCUUUGGUUGCAUAUCAUAAUUCUGUUUAAAAUUCACCCCAGCCCUGGGUGACUGUCCAUGGCCUGCACAUCUUUUCUGUCUGAAUCCUGGAAGCUGGCAGAAGAGGGAAUCCUUCGCCAUUCACCAGCCUGCGGAGUUACUGCAGCCCUGGUACUGUAGUGCCCCCAUGUCCCAGUGACAACGUGGCAAUGACUAGCAGCAGAUUCACCCACCCUGCCAUAUCCCUCCUACGCUCCCAUCUGCGCCAGCCUGAAGCCAUGCCAGGUUCCCCUGGAGAGCUAAGCUCUGUAUCCCUAGCUAGUACACAGGCUCUACAUGUCCUCACAAACCCUGUCCCCUACAUAGCAAAUCUGCACCUCUUCCACUACACACUGGGCACUCUGCACGGAGAAGAGGCCACAGUUUGCCACCUUAACAUGGGGCUUAAGUAGUACCUUGUGUGGGUUCUCUGCACUGGGGUGAAUUUUGCUGUAAAAGUUUUUGUUCUGCAAAAGUGACUUCAAAUUUAGUCAAAGAGUAGAUGCUCUGAUGUUACUAGUGGAGACUGUGUUUUCAGUAUGUUUCUGACUCAUUAGUGAAGAUUUCUCCUUCAGUGUUAAAAUAUUGUGUUCACACCAUGUGCAAUGUGUUCCCACAGCUCAUAGUCCAGGGACUAAAUUUGCUAGGUCACAGAUUGGACAUUUGAACCAUCCUGAGCUAAGCAGAGCAAAUCAGUGUUUCUCAUUAACAACUUUCCCAUACACAAGUUUCAACAUGUGAUGAGAGGUUCUAAAGCUACUGUGGGCUUUACAUUUUAUGGACUUUUAAAUCAGUUUUGUAAUAUCUAUUCUUGCACCACUUUUAUAUUUACUUCUCAAAAAGCAAUGGAUCUUUCAUUCAAACAUUGUCCUUUAAGGAGAUCCAAACUACAACUACCUCUAUUAUAUUUAUAGAGUAUAAUAACAUUAAUCUAAUCUAAGGAUACCAGCUGGGACCUUUUUGAACAGAAGUAUAUUUAUACAAAAUGGCAUCAUUUUGGUGCUUUGAAGUAUGCCUUUUUUAUUACUGGGUCUUUUAUUGUGUGGUAAUGUCUGUGCAAACCUUUAAUCCCUGGCACUUAUUUCAAAAGUGAAAGUAGCCCAUGUUCCUUCUCUUCUAGUAUAGUGAUACCGCUAAGGUGAUUGUGUUCACAAAAGGAUGAUUCCAUCACAAGUUUGAAGUCUUUCAAAAUAAUCUCCUGCUGGAUUUCAAAUCUUCUUGUGACUGCUGCUAUGAAUAACAGUAAAGCAGCAUCCAUGGUGCUGUUGGGAACACAGGAUACAUGGUUUCCUUUAUACUUAAGUGGAAUUAUUAAAGAACUUUCACAUUUAGGGUCUGAUUCUGUCUCAUUUACACAGGUGUAGUCUGGAAUGACUCCAGUUAAGUCAAUGGAAUUACACUGGUGUCAAACUACUGUUAAGUGAGGUGAGAGCACUAGCCCCCUUGGGAUUUUAGAAAUGGAUGAAACAAAAAGCAACUAGAUUUUCUUACUAAAAAAAUAAGCUUAUGCAUUUAUUUUUAAAUAUUUUAAGUUAGUUGCAUUUAGAAUACUAUUUUUAGUGAAUAGCUCAAGAAAGAAAUUAAAAUUUGUAAAAAAUCUUUUAAUUUCUCUUCUGUCUGGUAAACAUAUCAUUCUGCUUUGUAAACUAAAUAAAUGUAAAUGUUUAGUAAGCCAGUAUUAAAACAAAUAGUUACAUAUAUAUAUAGUACUUUUAAGUGGUGUGUUGGAAAGACUAAAUUAAACAAAAAUACUCAAUAGUAUUUUACACUUCUGCAGCAUCAUUCAUGCAAGAACAUCAAAAUGCUUUAAAAACAUUAACUAAGAAGUCUCAGAUCCAUGAAGUAUUACCUGUAUUUUACAAUCAGGGAAACCGAGGCAUAGAAGGUUACUUGGCAUGUCCAGGAUCUGGUAUCGAGCCUGAGAUAAACAUUCCGGCUCUGUCGAUUUAGGCUUUUAUAGUGUUCCCAUCAUAGUGCUAUCCAAGUACUUAGGAUACUCAACUAUGACUAAACUUCUGACCCCCAGUCCCAUGCUAUAACCUCUUCCUCCAUGCUUCUUCCUUCAGUGCUUCUUGUAGAAUAAGCUAAAAUAUCCAUGGUGCCUUCAUUCCUGACUAAGGUGAUCAAAAAGUUGCGGUGAAACAGCUCUUGCAGUAUCUAGUUGCCUCAGAUCUCCUUGACCUUUUUCAGCUUGGGUACCAACCUGGUUACGAAACAGAGUCCACCUUAGUUGCAUUGACAGAAGGUCAGCUGCCCAUGCUGAUACUAUUAGUCUUGGUAGCUGCCUUUAAUAGAGUUGAUCAUGAGGGUGUUUAUUAUUGUAAAGAUGGGGAAAUAGAGUGGGAGGGAGACUUGAGAUUUUACCUUGCUUUCUGUUGAUGGUUUAAUCUUAAAGUAUACUGCUGCACUUAGCAUAUACUGUAUUUUUAAGUUAUGUCAAAGGUGUAUAGGUAGAAGACCUGGUUAGCAUUUAAAUGAAUCUAAAUGAAUAAUAGUAAUACCAUAUAAAUCCAUUAUUAACAAAGCCUCAACAAUAAAUACAAUGUAAAAGCCACUGUAUGAAAAGGAUUUCUGCUGAAAUUAGUUAGUUGGUUUUUGUUGAUUUGUUUGUUUUCCCUAAAAGUGCCAAUAGCUAAUACGAUUGGUGUGGCUUUUCAUUCUUCCGUAAACCCAGAUUCUUCUAAGCAUAUAGGCCAUUAUGGCUCCAUAAAGUAACACUAAUAAUGAGUUGCAUGGGCACAUCAAGUAGUGACAAGAUGCCAUAUAUAGUGCAUUGUGAUAUUCUAUAUUUUGAAGCAUUUACUUUUCAUCUUCAGUAUGGGGGGAUGUAAUUAUACAUCUUCGUUGAGUAGCAUCUCUUUAGCAGGUUUGCUGUCUGCACAAAUGCACAGCUGAGCUAACACUUACUUUGGUGCCUCACUGCAUGCAAACCAUUUAACUUCCUUACCAUUUACUUUCAUUACAUUGCAUAUAUUCACUGUUACUAUUUAUGUCAACAGAUUAUCAUGUUCUUGCAGAGCUAAAUAAAUACAGUGUGUAGUACAUAUUAAGUGUAUAUUUCAGCAGUACUGGGCAAUGUAGUGAUUGAGACACUGAUCCUUGUAUAUGUCUUAAAAGCAAUAGGUAACAGUUUUGUUUUGUUGUAUGCAAAUAAAAUUGCUAACAAUAAAACCCAUUAACC